AUGAGGUUCUUCUCAACACUUUGCAGUGUGACUCUCGCGGUCUCUGCACUGGCCUUGCCAACCUCCGAUCAUGUCAUUCAUGAGAAGCGAUCUGGUACACCUUCGAAAUGGGAGAAGAUUGGGCGGGUCAAUGGCACUGAGCAUGUCUUGGUGCGCAUUGGUCUGACACAGAGCAAUCUUGAUCGCGCGUAUGAGUAUCUCAUGAGCGUGUCCGAUUCUGUGUCGCCUAAUUACGGCAAAUUCUGGACUCAAGAAGAGGUACACAGCGCUUUUGCACCGUCAAAUGAGACUGUUGAUGCGGUGCGAAACUGGCUUAUUGAAUCCGGUGUGGACAAGUCUCGUUUGAUCCACACCCAAAACCAAGGUUGGAUUGUGUUUGAUGCAACUACCAAAGAAGCGGAAAGCCUCCUCCACACCAAGUAUUACCACUACACCGACAAGGUCUCCGGUUUCAAAGCUCUAGCAGCGGAAGAGUACCGCGUCCCGCAGAAAAUCCAACAACACAUUGAUUUCGUUAAACCUGGAGUCCUUCUGCCGUUAACCUCCAAGGGACCAUCUGCCAAGCACACCAAGAAGUACAAGCCCUUGAAGCAGACAUCAGUUAACGCGACGUCUCUCAGCACUUGCGACGAGGUUAUUACUCCCGCUUGUGUUGCCGCUCUGUACAAGAUUCCUCAUGCAAGCGCCAACGUCAGCGCCAGCAACUCGCUUGGAAUCUUCGAAGAAGGAGACUACUACGCCCAGGAAGAUCUGGAUCUCUUUUUCCGCAACUUCACUCCGUACAUCCCGAAAGGGACACACCCUAAGCCGGCAUUUAUCGAUGGAGCGUCAGCGCCCGUUCCUGUUGCUGAUGCUGGUGCGGAGUCUGAUUUGGACUUUCAGCUCGCGUAUCCAAUCGUCUAUCCUCAGAGCAUUACGCUCUAUCAGACAGAUGACUCUAACUAUGCUAGUGGGGAGAUUGAAACGGAUGGCUUCUUUAACACUUUCCUUGAUGCCGUCGAUGGGUCAUACUGCACAUAUUGUGCCUACGGAGAAUGCGGAAACAGCCCGACCCUCGAUCCAACCUAUCCGGACAAUUCCACGGGUGGAUACAAGGGACAGUUGAUGUGUGGUGUUUACAAGCCCACGAACGUGAUCUCCGUCUCUUAUGGUGGCCAGGAGGCGGACCUCCCUGCUUACUAUCAGCAGCGGCAAUGCAAUGAAUUCUUGAAACUUGGGCUCCAAGGAACUUCCAUCCUCUUCGCUUCUGGCGAUGACGGCGUCGCAGGUCCCCCAGGCGAUGACUCGACCAACGGCUGUCUCGGAAACGGGACCAUCUUCAGUCCCGCAUUCCCUAACUCUUGCCCCUACGUGACCAACGUCGGCGCCACGAAGCUUUACCCCGGAAAGACCAUCGCGGAUGGGGAAAGCGCCGUCGUCGACCCGGCCGGCCACCCUUACUCGAUCGCGUACUCCUCCGGCGGUGGCUUCAGCAACAUCUACACUAUUCCAGACUACCAAGCCGAAGCAGUCGCAGAGUACUUCAAAAACCACAACCCACCCUACCCCUACUACGAAGGCAACGCCAGCUUCGGCAAAAACGGCGGAAUUUACAAUCGCCUGGGACGCGGGUACCCCGACGUCGCAGCGAACGGCGACAACAUUGCCGAAUACAACGCGGGAGAAUUCAUUCUCGAGGGUGGAACAAGUGCUAGCACUCCGAUCUUCUCCUCCGUGAUUAACCGCAUUAUCGAGAAACGUAUCGCGGCAGGAAAGGGCCCACUGGGCUUCCUGAACCCGGUUCUGUACCGGAAUGCGUGGGCAUUGAACGAUAUCACGAAUGGGUCGAACCCGGGUUGUGGAACGGAGGGAUUCUAUACUGCCCCUGGAUGGGACCCCGUCAGCGGUCUCGGAACGCCCAACUUCCCGAAGUUGCUGGACGUGUUCCUGAACCUGCCGUAA